UGAAGCAAAGUUCUUAACCUGAGGUAAUAUUUUUGGGUUAGUGGAGUCUGUAACCUGAAGCGUAUGUAACCUGAAGUGUAUGUAACUCGAGGUACCCCUGUACAUCACUGCCAUACAGUUGGAAGUGGCAGGUACAUUCCUGGGAACUGUGGAAAAGAUCUCUGUUAAAUCCAUCAGGACGUAAGAAGAGCAUGGGGGCUGCAUCAGGCUGAAGAGGGCCCAUGGUGUUGCGACAUCUGCCAACAUCUGGAGGGCCACCUGUGUUCCUCUUAACCUACAGUAACACAUCUGGUUACAACUCGUGAACCUUAAGUCUUUGCAUGGUUUAGGUUUGGCACUGGGGAUGGGCAGGCAGGAAUUCAAUAAGCCAAGCAUUUUCAAGUAUGGAAACGCAAUCCCCUGUAUGGACAAGUCAAACCACGGGGUUAGCACUACCAAAGUGCCCCCCCCAAGCCUGGGCAGUGCAUAUGUUGUCUACUGCUGCCCAGAUGACAGCCCCCCUCUCGGCCUGACUGAUGAAGGUGUUCCAGGUGCCAUCCAACCAUGUUGGGGACUCCACUCGGUAUUUGUGUAGUGUUUACUCUGGAGCCUUUUCUUCUCUCAUGGAAUCACAGAGCUGGAAGGGACCCAAGGGUCAUCUAGCCCAACCCCCUGCAAUGCAGGAAUCUCAGCUAAAGCAUUCAUGACAGGUGGCCAACCGACCUGUUUAAAAACCUCCAAGGAAGGAAACUGGAAGAUCUCUCCCAAGGCAGCAGAUGUUUAGGAUAAGAGUUUUCUUUCUCCUAGGUGGGCUGCCUUUCCAGGUGGACAAGCUCUUCUGCCCAACCAGAGGCUACUCAGGAACAAACCACAUGGAAGUUAGGGUCAAUGUGGGGGGUCGGUGCCCCUGGGACUGGUAUGGCAGGAGGGAGACAAGCGGUAGGGGGGCGCCAGAGCCAAAGAGACUCCGCAGAACCAACUCAAACUAGUUUUGCCCUUCUCCGCUGAGUUCUCCGAGGGGGAAGGAAGACGCGGGCCGGCAGGCUGUAGCCGGCCGUCGGCGCCUGUCGAACCGGAGCCCCGAUUGGUCCCGAGCAUCGCGCCUCCUCCUGGACGGGCCCGCCCGUCCGACGCUUUUCUUCGUGUCCCCCGGAGCCUCUUGGGCCCGUCGUCUUGAGAGGCUCUCGGGCAGCUGGAAGGAGCCCCGCCCACCUGCCCCUCCCCGCCCGGUCGCCAGGCGACCGACAACACAUCGAGGGGCCUCUCCUCCGCCUCCGGGCUCUGCUUUUUCGUGCGCCACGAAGGACCCUCCAGCGCAGCCAGCAGGUAGAACCCCUUCUUGCCCGGGGACCGCCCCUUUUCGACUCCCCUGCGCCCGGGAGAGCCCGCCUCCACCCCCAAUUCCACCGGGAGCGUGGCCAAGAGCCGCUCAAACUUUCGGUUCCUAACUUAGCAGAGGAACAUUUUCCUCUGCCCUCGAGGGGGGGGGCGUUGGCAGCUUCCCGGCCCCUCUUGAUUCCUCUGAACGGCCAAUGCUCCCCGCUUCAACGGCUCAACAGCGGGGGGCUCGGAGCACGGAGCACGGGAGCGGCGGAUCCUACUCCGCUCCCCCGAGGGUCCUGGGUUAGUCGGGCUCCGCGGGGCAGCCGCUCCGCUCUUGGACGACUUCCAGCGCCCUUCUUCUCCUUCCUCCUCAGAAUGCCUCGCAAGCGCCGGGGGAAGACGCUGCCGCAGGCGCAGCCAGCCAGGACAGGACGCGCAGCCCCCGGGAGCGGCGCCGAGGACUCCGGGGGUAGCCCGCCGCAGGAAGGCGCCUCGCCGCUGCAAGGGGAGCUGGAGCGCGUCUGCUGGGAGCUGGAGCGGCUGCGCGGGCGGCGGACGCAGUUGCGGGCGCAGCACGAGCUCCUGGAGAGGGAGGCGCAGGAGCUGCGCGCCGAGAGCCGGGAAUUCCUGGACUACGUGGCCAAGCGGGCGCGGCGGCAGGAGGGGGCGGCCGUGUUGCUGGGCGACGAGAGCCGGCAGCUCCUGGCGCACAUCCAGCACGAGCACCGGGAGCUCCUGGCCCGCUCCGCGGAGCAGGAGGCAGUGCUGCGCGCGGAGCUGCUCCGCCAGGAGGCCGAGCUGGCGCGGCUAAGCGCGGAGCUGGAGGAGCUGCGCGGGGUGCGCGCGCUGCAGCAGGAGCAGGCCGGCCGAGUGCGGGAGCUGCAGCGCGCGCAGGCGGCGGCCCGCAAGGAGCACGUGCAGCGGCGGCAGGAGGCGGCGGCGCGCUUCGCGCAAGCCAAGGCGGCGCAGGAGCGUGAGGCGCGGGAGCGGGCGGCGCGUGUGGCCGGAGAAGCGCACCAGGUGGCCGCGCGGUACCUGCUGGAGCACAGGCGGGAGGCGCAGCGGCAGAACCGGGAGCUGAGGCAGGAGCUGGCGCGGCUGGUGGCGAGGGCGCGGGCGCUGCAGGCGCACAAGGACCGGCUGGAGGAUCGCGUGCAGCGCUUGCGGCGGCAGCAUGACUCACUGCGGGAUUUGGCCCUCCUGCGCCGCGGCGGCCCCGAAGGAGGAGAGCGACCGGCAGCGGGGACGCGCGGAGACGCAGGAGGGCGGGCGCCCCUUCUCCGCAGCGCAGGGCAGACGAGCCGUCUCCAGCCGCGCUACUGCUGAGACGCUGACCAGGGUCCUGGCGGAGAGAACCUAAAGACGAGCUUACGAGGAGCCUGGUGGAUCGGGCCAGUGGCUCAGCUAGUCCAGCCUCCUGUUCUCACGGGGGCCAACCAGAUGCCUGUGGGAAACCUGCAAGCAGGAUCCGAGCGGAAGAGCGCUCUCUUCUGUGGCUGCCAGCAUCUGGAAUCCAGCAGCAUGGACUGUGGCCACAGAGUAUAGCCUCCAGGCUGACUAGUAGCCAUCGCUAGCCCUCUCCAUGAGUUUGUCGAGUCCUCUUUUGAAGUCAUCCCAUCUGGUGGCCAUCGCUGCCUCCUGUGGGAGGGAGUUCCAUAGUUUAACUAAUGCACUGCACUGAACCCAUUUUAAUCAAUUUUGCUUAACUGCUGCUGCUGUUGUAAUAUUACUUAAUGUGGUUUAAUCUCUUAUUCUUUUCACAGUUUGCAAUUUUAUUAGGUUGCUGCUUUACAAAUUGCUUUGUAGAGGUGUGGUGAGUUGAGAUAGAAAAACUGUUAAUAAAACAGGAUGGGAGGCAAACUCUCAUUCUGCAGGGACAGAUGAGGGAAGCCAUCUCAGUGGCCCUACUUAAGGGAGCCUCACGACUCAGGCUAAGAAAACCAGGACGUAUGUUGGGGGUGUGGGCAGAUCUUUGGCUGUUGUUCAGCAAUGGUAAGGAUCAGGCUCAUGGCUUAGCUGGGCCCAGAUAGCGCCCAGGUGCAGGAUCUCCCUACAUUCACUCCUACCUUGGCAAUGUAGGAUUUCUACCUGGAGAUAUUUUUAUUUCAGGAGGCCUCUGGCUGGGUCAUGUCACAUUAUGCAUGCAAAGCAGCUGCUCAGCCACUGUUAUGGACAAAGGAGGGGCACCCAACCAACUCCUCAGAAGCAUUGGCAUGCUGUGCGUAAGGACUUGACACAUCAGAGUUCCAGGACACAGGAGCUUGCCCUGCUACUGAGCAAUACAUGCACACACGACCACUGACUUAUGUACGUUUCCCUCUGUUAUCCUGAGUUCCCAGUGUCAUAAUAAGGCAAGGAAACCCCAUUUUCUGAAGCAUAGAAAUUCACUAAAAUUAGUCAAAUAGAUGGUUUUAUUUAGUUCAAAAAGGUGAUAAAAAUUGUGAUCCCAGGAUGGAGGGGAGGGGACCUGACUCAUGGCAUGUAUGGAACAGGGACUCCAUAAUUCUCAGGAUGUGACAACACAUACUUAGGAUACCCCUCCUAACUGCCAAACCAGCCCUGACAAAGGGACCAGACUAGUAAUGGUCAGAGGGAAAUGAGACUCAGGAAUAAAUAAAAAUGCCAAGGGAUGCCUUCCUGACAAAGGGAUAUGUAAAUACUUUCAUUGACUUGUGGGGUGUGGGUACUUGAACUAUGCAGGAUAGACAGGGGCAUGUCUGGUUCUCAAAUUUCUAUCUGACACCAUGCCUUUUCUGUGACAAAAGAGGCCAUUUGCCCUUUGUUCUGGACUUUGUUUUGUUUGGGAGUUGAAACCUUGUUGCAACAAUAGACGAUCAGGUUUCCUAGCUUCUGUUUUGCUUCAAAUUGCCUGGCUGUGAUCUCUUGCUUGAACCUGACCGAUUCUGAACCCGCAGGGCUAGACCCUACCGAAGCUGGGAAACAGUUAAGUACCGUACCCCAAAAUUUUGUCCUUAUCAGUCCUUAAGUGUCAUCAACUAAAGGCAGCCCCCAUUUCCUAGACACACAGCUUGUGACUGGGGAAGGUGCAGGAUGGGCUGUAUUUUAAGUGACAAGCUGUGACUCGGACACAUUAACCCCCUGUGGUUUCCAGUCAAAAUGACAAAGGUAUGAUGGCCAGACAGGCACAUGAGGGGCUGUAUGAGACUUAAAAAUGGAAAGCAUAAUGCUGGUGGUCAACAAAAGAGGUUUAAAGAAUGUAGCAUAAACACUAACAACUGGGAAACACUGGCCUGCAAGCGCUCCAGUUGGAGAACAGUUAUCACCAAAGGUGUCAUGGGCUUUGAAGACACUCAAACUCAGGAUCCAAGGGAGAAACACGCUAAGAGGAAGGCACGCUUGGCAAAUCCACACCAUGAUCAACUCCUGCCUGGAAACCGAUGUCCCCACUGUGGAAGGACAUGUGGAUCCAGAACUGGCCUCCAAAGUCACUUACGGACUCAUUGUUAAAACUGUGUUUAUGGAAGACAAUCUUACUCGGCUAUGAGUGAUAGCCAAAGAAGAAGAUGCGGUCACUUCCUUAACGCUUUGACGGGAAUGUGUAACAAAGGAUAUAAAGUAAAGGUAAAGGGACCCCUGACCAUUAGGCCAAGUCGCGACCGACUCUGGGGUUGCGGCGCUCAUCUCGCUUUAUUAUGUAAUUUCUUCCUGCCUGAGCUCUCUCACCCUCUCUUCUGUCAAGCCAGUGAUGUGAGCAGACAUAAAGUAGGACUGCCAUACAUAUGGGUUUCCCCAGACAUAUCUGGGAUUUGUCCAUCGGAAAUAGUGUCCAGGCAGAAUUUCCAAAAAUGUGCAGGAAAACCUGGAUGUAUGACAAGCCAUGUCGGAAAUGAUGGGGGGGGGGGGAUUUUGCAAAACAAAAAAUUGUGUCCGGCUUUUUACUUGUUGAAAUAUGGCAACCCUAGUAUAUUCCUAGGCUCUGCUCAGAGCUCAGACUCCGUUUUAGAAACUGUAUUUUGUAACAAAGAAGGCUUUUUUACCAGCAUAUUACUUUGAUAUAUUUGUUGCCUGCAUUGAAAUGUCAGUAAACCUUUUGUUUAUCUUACUAAAACAUGUGGUUCAUUCUUAGCAAAGGGGACGGAGAGGGGAAAGGUCAGCAGACCACAAAUAAACAGGGAUAAAGAGACGUAAUUGCCUAAUUCCUAGAUUCCAGUAAGCUGCAAAAGUGCCUAAGUAUUUUUACUCUGCUAAAGGGGC